AUGUUCCGCAUUGCGCUAGCUGGGCCAUCGCGCGUCACGGUCGCGCUGUCCUCGCGCGUCCCAAGUCGGUCUUUGUCCACUUCGUCGGCCCUGGCCUCGGGUCACUCGCGCUGGUCCAAGAUCCGGCAUCGUAAAGGCGCGGCCGACGCGGCGCGCAGCAAGGCAUUCAGCGGAUACAUGACUGCUGUGCAUGUUGCGCUGCGGAAGGGAACAGAUCCGGACCAGAAUUCUGAUCUGGCCAAGGCGCUUGCGGCGGCUAAGGCUGCUGGCGUGCCAAAGGAGAAUGUUGAGCGGGCGUUUGCGCGGGCACGCAAGAUCGCAGACGGAACGGGCAAGGCCGUCACCUUUGAGGCCGUCGCCGCCGGAGGCAAGGUCGCGCUCAUGGUCGAAUGCGUCACGGAUAACCAAUCUCGCACUGCUGGCCGCGUCAAGGAGAUGCUGAGUAAGGGUGGCGCACGCGUCUCACCCGUCGGCUUCAUGUUUGAGCGCAAGGGCGUCGUGCGCGUCAACCCCAUCGAGGGACAGGCGGACGCGACGUUCGACAACCUCUUCGAGGCGGCACUUGAGGGCGGAGCGGAAGAUGUAGCCGAGGUGGAGGGUGAGGAUGGCAUGGUGUGGGAGAUCAUCUCUGGUCCGACUGACCUCGCGUCGCUGACUACACACCUCACCUCUCCGCCACACGACACGUUGUACGAGCUGCAAACGUCCGAGCUUGCAUACCUCGCCAACGACCCUGUGGAGGUUACCGAGGACGGGGAGGGGGCCAGCGUUUCCGAGGCUAAGGUGGAGACGGUCAUGAAGGCCGUCGUGUUGCUGGAGGAGGAGAGCGAUGUUGUUCGCGUCUGGACCAACAUUGACGAAUAG